GGGGCGGCCCGCGCCCGGGAUAGGGCAGGCGGCGGGACGGCAGCUGGAGCCUGAGCCGGAGCCACAGCAGCCACGGAGUAUGGAGGCCGGCGCAGUACAAUGAGGCAGCCAGCGGAUCCGGGAGCCUAAGCCCUUGUGAAGCCGGCAAUGACAAGUCUGAAUGGUCGCCAUGCUGAAAAAACCAUUGACAUGCCAAAACCAUCAGCCCCCAGAGUGCACGUGCAGAGGUCCGUGUCCCGAGACACUAUCGCCAUCCACUUCUCGGCAUCCGGGGAGGAGGAGGAGGAAGAGGAGGAGGAGUUCAGGGAGUUUCUUGAGGAGGGGCUGGACGACCAAAGCAUCGUAACAGGGCUUGAAGCCAAGGAAGACCUCUAUCUUGAACCUCGGGGUGGCCAUGACCCCUCUGGCUCGGCUGCCCAGCCCAUCCUGGCAGAUGGACUGUCCGGGUCCCCUGCCGUUUUGCCCGUUUCGGAGAACACUGUAAAGCUGUUGGAGGCCCCUCCUCCGGCAGCACAAGUAUUAAGUACAGUGCCAUUGGCUCUGUCCCCAGGGUCAUCUUCAUCAGGGCCCUUAGCUAGCUCUCCCAGUGUGUCAUCCCUUUCUGAGCAGAAAACCAGUUCUUCCUCCCCAUUGUCCUCUCCUUCCAAGUCUCCUGUCCUCUCAUCCAGUGCCUCAUCCUCCACCCUUUCCAGCGCGAAACCCUUUAUGAGCCUUGUGAAGUCCCUGUCAACCGAGGUGGAGCCAAAAGAACCCCCACACCCCGCAAGGCACAGGCACUUGAUGAAGACAUUAGUCAAGUCUCUGUCCACAGACACCUCCAGGCAGGAGUCAGAUACUGUGUCCUAUAAACCACCUGAUUCCAAGCUGAAUUUACACCUGUUCAAGCAGUUUACCCAGCCACGAAACACAGGUGGAGACUCCAAAACUGCACCUUCUUCCCCGCUGACUUCUCCCUCCGAUACACGCUCCUUUUUUAAAGUGCCCGAAAUGGAGGCAAAAAUCGAAGACACUAAGCGACGCCUUUCAGAAGUCAUAUAUGAGCCUUUUCAGCUCCUUAGCAAAAUUAUAGGGGAAGAAAGUGGCAGCCAUAGGCCCAAAGCCUUAUCUUCAAGUGCUUCAGAACUCUCCAAUCUGUCCAGCUUGAACGGUCACUUGGAAAGCAAUCACAACUACAGCAUCAAGGAAGAGGAGUGUGAUUCCGAGGGGGAUGGCGAUGGAAGCGACCCCAGCGGCCCCAGAAGUGACCACGCAAAGGCCACCGACGAGCCCCCGAAAGAGGCGGAACUGAAGAGUUCCCAGGGGAGCAGCCUGAAGGAUUUAGGCCUGAAGACAAGCUCUCUAGUCCUUGAGAAAUGUUCUUUGUCUGCCUUAGUGAGCAAAGAAGACGAAGAGUUUUGUGAACUCUACACUGAGGAGUUUGAUUUGGAAAUGGAGGGCGAGGAUAAAAUUGAUAAGCUCCGAGAUACACCUCUCAAGCCAGAGGAGCUGGCGGAUGAUGGCCCUGCUCUUGACAGCGAUGAAGAGGUGGACGUGGCCCAGCAGCACCCGGAACUACCAGUGAAGACACUGGGCUUCUUUAUACUGUGUGUCUAUGCGUACCUCAUCCUCCCUCUCCCCCAUUACAUGAGUGGACUCUUUCUGGGAAUCGGCCUGGGAUUCAUGACUGCAGUUUGCAUGAUUUGGUUUUUUAUACCACCAAGUGCUCAUAAAUACCACAGACUACAUAAAAACCAACAACACUGGAACACAAGAUCUCUGGAUAUCAAAGAACCAGAUAUACUGAAGGGAUGGAUGAAUGAAAUUUACAACUAUGAUCCAGAAACUUACCAUGCAACUCUGACACAUUCAGUAUUUGUUCGGCUUGAGGGUGGGACCUUAAGACUUUCAAAGCCCAAUAAAAAUAUAUCCAGGAGGGCAAGCUACAAUGAAACAAAGCCAGAUGUCACCUAUAUCAGCCAGAAAAUCUACGACCUCUCAGACAGCAAGAUUUAUCUUGUACCUAAAAGUUUGGCUCGAAAACGAAUCUGGAAUAAAAAGUACCCCAUUUGCAUCGAGCUUGGUCGACAAGAUGACUUUAUGUCCAAGGCCCAGACUGAUAAAGAGACUUCUGAAGAAAAGCUGCCAGCUGAGAGAGACCUGGGAAGCGAGGACCCUAAGAAGCCACCCCAUCCUCAGGAGGGAACAAGAUCUGGCCAGCGAGAUCAGAUACUGUAUCUCUUUGGGAGAACUGGCCGAGAAAAAGAGGAGUGGUUUAGGAGAUUUAUUCUGGCAUCUAAGCUGAAGUCGGAAACCAAGAAGCCACCUGGUGUCUCUGGAAGUAAACCAGGCGUUUUGCCCUCACACAGCAGGCACAGCAGUCCCUCGGGGCACCUGACCCACAGUCGCAGCAGCAGUAAAGGCAGCGUGGAGGAGAUUAUGUCCCAACCGAAGCAGAAGGAGCUGGUUGGCAGCGUGCGGCAGAAAAUGCUUCUGGACUACAGUGUGUACAUGGCCAGGUGUGUCCCCCAAGAGAACCGCAGUCCCCAGAGGAGCCCCGUGCAGAGUGCAGAGAGCAGCCCCACGGCUGGAAAAAAGUUGCCAGAGGCUCCACCCUCUGAAGAGGAAGAACAGGAAGCCUGGGUGAAUGCCUUGCUUGGAAGAAUGUUUUGGGACUUCUUAGGAGAGAAGUACUGGUCUGACCUGGUGUCUAAGAAAAUCCAAAUGAAACUCAGCAAAAUAAAGCUCCCCUACUUUAUGAAUGAGUUAACUCUGACGGAACUUGACAUGGGGGUGGCUGUGCCAAAAAUCCUUCAGGCCUUCAAGCCUUAUGUUGAUCACCAAGGACUCUGGAUCGAUUUGGAAAUGUCCUACAAUGGGUCCUUUCUGAUGACUCUUGAGACCAAAAUGAAUUUGACCAAACUAGGUAAAGAGCCUCUUGUUGAAGCCCUGAAGGUUGGAGAAAUUGGCAAAGAAGGUUGCAGGCCCAGGGCUUACUGUCUGGCUGACAGCGAGGAGGAGUCCUCCAGUGCUGGCUCCUCCGAGGAAGACGAUGCACCAGAGCCCAGCACGGGAGAUAAACCAAUUCUUCCAGGGGCCGAAGGGUAUGUUGGAGGUCAUCGAACAAGUAAGAUUAUGAGGUUUGUUGAUAAAAUUACCAAGUCAAAAUAUUUCCAAAAAGCAACGGAGACAGAAUUCAUUAAAAAGAAGAUUGAAGAAGUCUCCAACACACCCCUGCUGCUAACUGUAGAAGUACAAGAAUGUAGAGGAACCUUGGCAGUCAACAUUCCACCUCCCCCAACUGACCGAAUAUGGUAUGGUUUCCGGAAGCCACCUUACGUAGAGCUGAAAGCUCGGCCAAAACUUGGAGAGAGAGAAGUGACUUUAGUUCAUGUGACCGACUGGAUAGAGAAGAAACUGGAGCAAGAGUUUCAGAAAGUUUUUGUCAUGCCAAACAUGGAUGAUGUCUAUAUCCCUAUAAUGCACUCAGCCAUGGACCCUCGCUCCACUUCCUGCCUCCUGAAAGACCCGCUUAUGGAGGUCGCCGAUCAGCUGUGAUGGGUGAAGGCCUGACGUUGCCAGUAUUAUGAGAUCUCGCUCCAGGUGUGGGGUUCUUGGCUGCCAUCUGUGCUGUAGCACAGGCCUUUCCUCGUGCCACAGCUUCUGCCCUCUGCCUGCCAGUGCCCAUUCCACUGUGAGGUGUCAUUCCACGUGCCCAGCAACCGGUGUCUGGAUUGCCUACUGCAAAGCUUUGACUCAAAGGAGAUUAGAAGAAUCACCACCGUAGAUCCAGAGGUUAUGUGACUCAUACCAUGGUUUUUUAAGUCUACCAGUUUUUGUGGCAGCAAAAGAGCACAUUAAGAGCAAAGCUACAACUGGAAGGCUUCCUUCCCCUUGCCUCAACUCCAAAGCUUUUUCUCAGGCAGCCAGAGCACAAAUGGAACAUUUUCUCACUCCUAGUUUGUAUAUGGUGCAGCCCUCCACGUUCUGAAUGUCAACAGUUAACAUGCGGAGGGUGGGGAAUGGAAUUUUGUGAAUGAUUUCAUUGGUGAUAACAGGAUACGCAUAGCAACUUUUCUUUGUAUUAAAUUGUGCAUUUUGGAAGCAAGUAGCCAUAGAACAUACACUAACACACUAUCAGCUGGGGUGUGGACGGUGAGAUUUCUGUGAACAUUAGGCAAAGCCAUGAGCUCAAACCAUCCCAAACCUUUUAUCAAUGAGGUACAUCACCUGGUUCUAAUCCCAAAUGAUUUCCUGACAUGAGCAUAUGUGAAAAUGUCAAAUACCACAUGACCAGAUCACCUUUCGUGUGUUCCAGGAACCUUUAUACAGGUUUUCUACAGGCUUUGUUCAUCUAAUUGGUUCGGGAUGUUUUCUGAUGGCCCAAACAGAACAGCUCUGAUUGUGAGAUCAAGACCAAAAGUUUGCUCAACAUUAAACACUACAUAUCUCAAUGAUACUCCUUCAAUGUUGCCAACUUUAAUUUGUGCAUUUGUGUCAGAAUGUCUCGUUUACAAGUGUGGAGGCCCUGCCUCAUUGUAUAAUUUGCUUUGAGAAGUACAUUAAAAUUUGUUUAAAGCUGCAUUCAACAUCAAAAUUACCUUGAGUAACUUUUGAUAUUUACAUGUGUAUUAAGCUAAUAGUGGUUUUUUUAAACAGCACCUUGCCUGAACGUGACUUUUGAAAUUAAUAUAUUGAAAAACAUUGAACCCUUAUUUCCCUUAUUUGAUGACUUUAAUUGCACCAUUAAACCGUUUGACUUAAAUUUGACCAUUCCAGUCGGUGUGCUGUUCUAGUUUUUCAUUGUGUAGGCCAGUUUGCCAGCCAGUCCGCAUGUCUUGUUCACCGGUCUUGUGCAAUAACUAAAAGCAAAGGACUAGAUGCACUACUGUGUAAAGAGAUUACACGACUGUACCCUAUUGCACUUAAAUUAGUAUAUGGGGAUUUACAAUCGCUUGCAUUGUUUCACAAAAUAAAUAUCUCAUGUCAAAUACUAGCUAAAA